AAAAUUUUAAAUCACAAUUUGGCAAAUAAAACCAUGAUCAGCCAACAGAAUCGAAAAGGAAUCUAUUCAUUUUGCUGUAUUUUCAGUAAUAAUUCGAUAUAUAAAUAAAUUUUUCAAGGCCUAACAUUUUUUGUAUUGAAAUAUGGAAAGCAAUCAGGAGAAAACAGAGAUCAACAAUGAUCAAUCUAGUAGGACUGACAAUAGUAGCGCAGAGAUAGCCUCAGUUGAGACAUCUGGUGCAGUUUCUACACAGGCAGAAAUGUCAGGCAGUAGUUCUGCCGGGCCAGCUAUGUUGACGGAAAAUAUGGAAGAAAUGGUGUCUCAAUUAACGGAUGGAUUUUUGUCCGAAGUUCAGCCACAGUUGUUGGAAUUGAGAGAAAAGACAAAAGAGAUUACGUAAGUGUUGAUGUGCUAUGUUUGUAUGAUUAAUUAACAGAUUAUUUAUGAUUUGUAGCAAUAUAAAGUAAUUUGUAUUUUGUUGAGGUUGGCAUUUUGAGAUUUUUGUAUUUUUAGUUCAAAAUCCUCAUUUCAAUCUUACUACCGUAUUUAAUCCCGAUGAGCGUUUGAAUUUCUGAGGGAAUCUGGGAAUGCAAAGUAUUCCCCGAUCCCCAGCCCUCUUUAAGCAUUUAGACAUGACAUUGAAGUCAACCCUCCUACCCCAGGCUUUGGAUAUCCUAGAACAUUUCACUAUUACAAGAAGUACAUUUCCCUCCCCCUCCGGACGGCAGAAAUUAUGGCCGGGCGAGGGGGCUAGGAUCUUACUGGAAUGGCCUCUUACAUCAUUGAAAUGGUGCAUAUGGAUUGUGGUGUGGCUCUCAAGCACAGAAAGGGCUGAUUCAACUCAAAUUAUUAUAUAAUACUAUGUAAUAAGUUACUGCCUCAGACAGAGAUUGUCAUUGCUUGGUACAUUAUCGAUUUACAUUAUUAUGGUUACUGCAUGCAAGCCCUGCAAGCUAGUCUUCUUAAUUCCACAGCAAAAACCAGGGAAUUUUAAUUGAAACAAUUCAACAAGAAAACAAGAAAUAUUCUGAGAACAAGGAGAUGGAAGAGUUGACUAAAAUGGUAAAAAGAGAUGUAAAAUCGUUUUUAUGUUAUAAAUAAUUUUAAAAUUUUUGUCGAUUUUCACAAUUUUAAAAGAUUUUAACAUGUAUCAAUGUUAUGAGAAAAAUAAUGUACAUGUAAUAUGUGGAAUGAAACUUUUCUGAUGUUUGACAAAACCUUUACAUGGCAUGAUUUUUUCUGUGUGGUGUUAUGUACUGUGAGGUGAAUAUGAUAUUUGUGAUGUUACUCUGAGUGUAUGUCCACACCGGGCAAGCUUGAAAAAUAUGCCUGGCUACGGUGGGAAUCAAACCUACGACCUUUGGAAUGCUAGCCCAAUGCUCUUCCAACUGAGCUAUAUGCGGUCAGGUUGGUUCUGGGUCUAGUUCCUUCGAUAUCAAUGCAACUUAGUAAUCAUGAUUUUUUUCUGUGUGGUGUUUUACAUAGCAAUUUAGCAAUGGAAAAAUAUUUUUAUCUAAUAUUUUUAGGUAUCUGUAGUACAAUCAUAUUAUGUCAAAUUGAAGAAGAUAAAAAAUGACAUGGAUCAUUUAGACGAACGACUGGGCAAAUUAAAGGUUGUUCCAAUAUAUUAAAAAGUUGGCUUUUAUGAAAAAUUUAUAGCAUGAAAUUAUAAAGUAAAAAUUUAACAAAAUAACAUUUUCUAAUUUAAACAUUUAUAGAAAAGAUCUUUAAAGUUGAAGGAAAAAAGACAAAAGAAAGAUGAGGAUGAAGCCCAGAGACGAGAACGUGAAUUAGUUUUAGAACGAGAACUCACUGCCAAACCAGCCACAUAAAUUAAACCAGGGCGUAUAACGACUGUAAUUGUAACAAUUAUAUAUAGAGAGGAUAUUACACAGCCGCGCAAAGAUAUGACUUUUAUCUUCGAAUGGUGAAAACAAUAUUUUACGAACGAGUGAGUAAAAUAUUGUUUUUAACACGAGAAGAUAAAAGUCAUAUCUUCUAGUAUAUGGUUUCUCAUGCAAUUUGAAAAAACUUUUCAAGAACUUCAAAUUGUAUGUACCCUAUUUGCUUUUUUGAUCGUAUUUGCAAUUUUGCACCCUAUGUACCCUAUUUGCAAUUUUGAUCCUCUUUGAUCAUCUGUUAAAAACUUGUGAAAAAAUUUUUUCCCCAAAAAUUUCUUCCAAUAGGAAUUUUGAGAAAACUGUGGACCAGUGGACAAGACAUGACUUGUAAACAACAUCAACACCAUGCAUACACAAUAUUCCUAGACAUACACAAAUAUUCCUAGACAUACACUGUAGUAUAGGUGCAUUACUUGGAGCAUGUAAGUUAUCAGGGACGCCGGAACGAUGUGAAGGCAAGGGGAGCAGAUUUUCGUGAAAGGGCACUUUUGAAUUGAUAUAUACUAAGAGAUGUUUGCAAAACAUCGGGAGUUGAACUUCGCCUAAUCAUGUUUUCUAUUUAUUGGAUGAUAGGGGUGUGAGGGAGUUCUCCGCCAGGCGAUUGUGGUAUUCUUGAAGCUCGAUGACUGCAUUUCUUGCGUUUUCUGAAGCAAAUUCGUAAAAGAAUUGCACUAACAUUUCUGACAAUUUGCUAUUUCGCCAAGGCAAUCCUUCAAAUUGAAAGGGCACCUUUGCCCCCCUUGCCCCUCCUGGUAAAGGGCAACGGGGGCGGCUGCCCCCCCCCCAGUUCCGGCUUCCCUGUAAGUUAUAACCAUAUCGUAAUACGAUUGAUACAGUCAGUCGAACCUCUCCUUAUGGGCGUCUCUCUAAUGCGGACACCUCUAAGUCCCCACAAAAUUCACAUCUAUUUUUUCUAAUAAAAGCCAACCAUCACUUAUAAGGACAGCAGGGACUAAAACUCAUCACUAGAAUAGAAAGCAAAUAGGGUACAUAUAAAUUUAACAUCUAUAAAACAGAAAUGAUCAGAUGAUAUUUUGAGUAUGUAAUACAAUUUCCUCUUUGUAAUAUCAGCAUCGAUGUUCAACCAUUUGAACUACAAUGCACCCAAAUCUCCACCUUAUUAGUUACUCUGUCUAACACCAGAUGAUUUUACUCGUCAAGGGAAGGGUCAAUAUGUUCUAUCUCUUUGGCAUCUUAAUUAGCCUUCAGACUGGUUUGACUGUGGAUAUACCAGGGUGCAAAUUAGCAGCUUACUUAUGACAAAUCGUCAUAAGUUGUAGGCCAUACCUAAUUUUAAGAAUUUUUUAUCACUGCACAUUUUAUGCCAAAAAUUUCCGAAUGACUAAGAUUUUGGUCAGUGUACCAUUUUAAGGGUCAAAAAUUUUUUCCCGACAUACCAAAAGCCAGAUAUUAACUAAAAAUUGCCUGAAUCUCAUGAUUUUCGUACAAAAAACAUAUACUAUUAUUUAAUUCGAUAAUUUGACAGUCAUCAUUUCAAUUUCAAUUGACCAUUUGCGUAAUAGACUAAAUUUUGAACUAAACAAGUCUAGACAAAUAUUUCAUCACAGCUUGAAGGAGCAUCACAAAAUUAGUAAUAUUCCAAGGUUUCGUUGCAAAAUGUUGUAAAAUGCGGAAAAUAUAGCCUUGCGAAAUUUGCAAUUUUCAGUCAUUUUAGAUUACAAACGGGAAAUUGACAGCCCCAAACCCUUCGAGGCUGUCAAUUUCCGGUUUGUAAUCUAAAAUGACUGAAAAUUGUAAACUUCGCAAGGCUAUAUUUUCCGCAUUUUACAACAUUUUGCAACGAAAUUUUGGAAUAUUACUAAUUUUGUGAUGUUCUUUCAAGCUGUAUUGAAAUUUUUGUUCAGAUCAAAAUUUAGUCUAUUACGCAAAUGGUCAAUUAAAUCAUUCUCUUGUGUUAAUUAACAACUUAUCAAAGCAAAUUUUAUCACUGCACAUUUUACAUUUUAUCACUGCACAUUUUACUUUUAUCACUGCACAAAUUGGUUAUCACUGCACACCGCUAAAAUUAGGUAUGUUGUAGGCCAAAAAAUUAGCCUACAAUUUCAUGGAAAAAUUUGUAGGCCAACUCUUCAGUCAGUUUUAAACACUCGGAAUUCCUUGCCAGAUAAACUUCUUGACAGCAAAAGAGAAAACUUUCAUCGCAAAACAAAACUAAAAUUGAAUAUUAGAAAAACACUUUUGUAAUUCAAAAUUUAACUUUGUAGGUCAAAACUAGCAUGGCCUACGAUUUUUGAAAAGGCCAGAAAAAUUAUUAAUUCGUACCCUGUAUACCUAAACUAGGAAAACGAAAGCCUCGAAAGUGAUUAAAUUAUAUUAACACAACAAAACCACAAUGGUAAUUGUUCCUUUGUAUUAUCUCUGUACAGUAAUAUACUACAUCGUUUCAUCUACUGUAUCUAUAGGUACAGCAGUAUACAUGUAUGCUCUAUUCUCUAACUACUAAACAGUGGCUGACAUUUUUGGAUGCAAACUCGGUAAUUGCCAAUAUAAUACCAGCUGUUGUCGCGCAAGCACUGUAAAUCUUCGUUUCUACAAACUCAAAUGAAGAUUUCAGGAUGCGUUAAACUGAAAGGGCUAAACCAAAACGAGUUACAAUUACAUGUUUAAACACAAUUGAUGGCAACUUUUCUUGUCUAUUCUCAGUUCAAUCAUGUUUCAGCUACUUAAAUUAAAAGGGGAAUGGCAAUGAAAUUCAAGUCUGUUUUGAUAGAAAGAACUCUUUAAACUGUAAAAUAAGUUAUUUUACAACUUUUCUCAUCACUUUUCAUUAUUGAGAUAUUUUAGGAUAAAAUAAAGAUAAAAUAAAUUUAUUUUAUUAUCCAUGGUUUGAUAUACAAAUGAAAUAAAUUUAUGACGUCACAAGCUGGUAAAACUAUUUUCAAAGAUUGGUAAUCGCGCCAAAGUCGGAAGCUAGCUCGCUGUUCAAAAUGGAGGAAGUCAUUCAGGCCAAUAUCGAUCGAUGGUUCUAUUGAUUAAUCUUGCAUCCAAAUUUAUACAUGCAGUUUUUAAGAGUCCUGUGGUCUAUCAAACACUUUAUCCCGCUUUUGACGUCAUCUUAUUUACAGUACAUAUAAAUAAUAUACAAAUAAUGAAUGUUUAUGAGUGCAAUGGUAAGAAUAUUUUCAUUAGGUGAGAGAUGGAACAUUCCCUCUUUCACCGAAUGAGUAUAUUCUUACCAUUGCACGAAUAAACAUUAAUUAUUUGUUUUAUAUAAUACCAAAAUAGACUAAUAGAUUCGUAUGAGUAGCAUUUUGAUGGAUAUGAUUUAUCGAAAACACAAAGAGUGCAAUGGAAUAAAACGUAUAGUACAAUUGCACUCGCAAAGAGUGCAAUGGAACGUAUUCCAUUGCACUCUUGGGAAAUGGAAUUUUCUAUUCAAUAUCACGUGACCAUAAACAGCCAAGUAAACGAUCAGAAAUCAAUAAGGUAUUAUAUAAACUGAAAUAUCUUCUAACCAAAGAAAGAUAUAAAAAAAUUGUAAAAUGACUUAUUCUACAGUUUAAGGAGUCCUUUCAGUCUAAACAUAUUUAAAUUUUAUUGCCAAUACCCAUUAAGGUUUAUGGAAAGUUUUCUGGUCGUUUUGGUAAAGCAAAAUAUGAAUACGCAAAUAGGUAGUCUAGACUGUCUAGUUUAGUCUGGCAGUAAACAACAAAGAAGCACCAGACAGCGAUAUCAGCUUUACUCCGGUAUACGCAAGUCCGCAAAUUAUCACACCCUGACUUCACAGGUCAAUUCCAUGCAAAUUUGCUUAUUAAAAUGACCUAUUAUAACCUGGCUUUAAAAACAAUGUAAAGCUUAGUCACUUAAUCAGUUCUCAUUCAAAUCAUUGAGAGGCUUUUACAAUGUAUUGCCUGAUAUUGCUAUAUGUCCAUGUUCCCUUAGCACCUUGAUGAGGAUUUGUGGUACUGUUUCCAAAUUCCUCGAUCGUCGAACAGUUAACUUGAAUUGCUCUUGUGACGUUGUAAUAUCGUUAAAUACGAUUAUCUGAUGUAUACAUAUAAGGAACACAUGGGUAUAUGUUUUAGUAGUAUAGCUACACUGUUCCUACAUCUCGUGCGGUCUAUGAUCGCCGCUCGGCAUUGCUGUCAACACCUCGUCCAGUAACUGUAAAGCACGGUGGAGAUGAAUUUCGAUCCAACAUGGCGUGUCCUUGAUGCUUUUGCGCGGAUAGUCCGGUCCCCAGCCUUUUACGAAACUCAUACGUAAUAUGCACAGACGACGAAGGUCAUCGACACCAAUGCCU